CACCAGCCGCGCGCGGGGAUAUUUAGUAAUGGUUAUCGUUUUAUCAAAUGAGCUUCCGAGCACAUACGUGCGGGAGAAAGAGCACACCUCGACGCCUGAUCCGACGACCAGUUUACGUCGGUAGCGUCGACGCGUUUGAGGUAUAUCCCUUCGGAACCCGGUAGCGAAUUCGCGCGUCCCAGUUUUCCUGCCUUGAGCGCAGAGCGGCCGUUCCCUAUUCUCAUUCGCGGCACUCAACGUCGGCCAACGUCCGCUAUGUACGAAACAGUAAGUGAACGAUUUGUUCGAGACGUGAUUUGUUUCAAACGCGCACGCCGUAAUUUAAGCAGGAAACGAGCUGUCGCGGACUGAAAAGAAAUAUGGAAGUCAGAGACGCGAGAUAAAGUGUGCGAUACGAAUGUUAAUGCGGUAGCGGUACAAUUAACGAUUAUAAUGACGUGAGAGAAUAGUAUAUAGUUAUUCGCGCGAGGCGUAAGAGCCACGCGCGUGUAUGAACUCGGUUAGUUUUUCUAACUUCUUCCAUCCUGGCAUCACCUUACGGUGCGUCGCGUCGCGUCGUGUCGGGCACCUUUCGUUUCUUUUCUAUCGUCAUGUAUCUCACGGCACGCGAAACGAUAAGUGAAAGUUACCCUAAAUAUAUUAGGGACGAGAAGGAACUGGGUCUUGAUAACGUCGUCUUCCAAAUAGACGAGCCUCACGUCGGAAAUGGCGGGACGAGGUAUUAUCCUGGCAACUCGACAGUGGUUUUGGACGAGCAGAUCGGCGAGCCGGGAAAAGAGCGAGCGACAUGGAACAACAGCAUGGAAUUCCUCAUGUCGUGCAUCGCCGUGUCGGUCGGUUUCGGUAACAUCUGGCGAUUCCCGUUUACGGCCUAUGAGAACGGCGGUGGCGCCUUUCUCAUCCCGUACGUGAUCCUGCUCUUCCUGGUGGGUAAACCGUUCUACUUCCUGGAGAUGAUUAUCGGCCAGUUCUCCGGCUGCUCGUCCGUCAAAGUCUGGAGCAUGUCGCCGGGUUUCGUCGGAGUUGGAUGGGCGCAAUUCUGCUCGACCAUCGCAUUAGCGACCUACUACAGCUCGCUGAUGGCAUUGACACUUUAUUAUCUGAUUGCGUCCUUCUCUGCCGAAUUGCCCUGGGCCACCUGCCUUGAAGAAUGGGGUGAUGCAUGUGUUGAUUCGAGCACCAAGAGAAAUCACAGCGCGGACAGCACGACGGAGGGAAACGUCAAUGUUCUCAAUGAUUUCUUAAACAGCAGCGGUAAGCUUCAAAGCUCGGCCGAAUUAUACUUUUCACGAGUAGUGCUGCACGAGAAGGAGAACAUCGACGAUGGGAUCGGAUGGCCGGACUGGAAACUGACAAUGUGCCUUCUCGGUAGCUGGACGGCGGUUUGCAUGGUGCUCUUUCAAGGUGUAAAGAGCUCCGGGAGAUUUUCCUAUUUCCUGGCCAUUUUCCCGUACAUUGUGCUGAUCGCAUUGUUGGUUCGCGCGGUCACUCUGGACGGUUCGAUCAACGGGAUCUUAUACUUCAUCACACCAAAAUGGUCCAAACUCCUGGAGCCGACCGUCUGGUACGCCGCUGUGACUCAGUGUUUCUUCUCGCUCUCCGUCUGCUUCGGCAGCAUUAUCACGUACUCCUCGCAUAACAGUUUCAAGCACAACAUCUACAGAGACGUCAUGAUAAUUACUUCGUUGGACACGGUCACGAGUAUGCUGGCUGGUUGCACGAUAUUCGGGAUCCUCGGCAAUUUGGCGUAUGAGUUAGGGGUGGAAGAUAUAUCCAAAGUGGUCAGAGGCGGAGCCGGUCUGGCAUUUGUGUCCUAUCCCGACGCGAUCGCGAAAUUUAACUUUCUACCACAGCUGUUUGCCAUACUCUUCUUUUUUAUGAUGUUCGUCCUUGGUGUCGGUAGCGCGGUAGGAAUGACCACAGGCAUCAUCACGGUGAUAAACGAGCAGUUUCCCAAGCUGAAAACUUGGCAAAUCGUAGUUCCAACCUGUUUACUUGGUUUCUCAAUCGGCACGGUCUACGUAACACCGGGUGGGCAAUUUAUAUUAACUUUAGUGGACUAUUACGGUACGUCAUUCGUCGUUUUCAUCCUGGCAUCGUUCGAGAUGACUGGAGUGAUAUGGUUUUACGGCCUGGAGAACUUUUUGGAGGACUUUGAAUUUAUGCUGGAUCGAAAACCGAGCGUUUACUGGAGGAUAUGCUGGUUUAUAAUGACACCGCUGAUUCUGAUAACAAUCUUCAUUUAUACUAUAGCCACUUUGUCGCCUUUGACCUACGGCGGGACAUCGUUGCCGAGAUAUGCGCAUGCCGUUGGGUGGACGAUACUCUGUUUCGGUGUUCUUCAAAUACCGCUGUGGAUGUUGAUCGCGAUGUUGAAGAACUGGGAACUGCCGUUCAUGCAGAUGUUGAGGAAAGCUUUUGCACCCGCGAGCGGAUGGGGUCCACGAGAAGUGCAGCAACGCAAGGAUUGGAGGAUCUUCAAGGAAGAAAAAGCGAGAGAUCGGGAGAAGAGGAUCCAGCCUAUCUGGAAGCAAAUACUUUACAUUCUCUUAAAUAUGGAACCGAUAUAGAGCACGCAACUUCGUCUGGCUCGAGAUAUUUUAAAGUUGUUCGAGUUUUAUAGUCGUUUUUCUGCCGCGGCGGGAUCCGUGGCAAAAAAACCCAUGAAAUAAGUUAACAGAAAUAAAAGAUUUUUUUUAAUCCUUUAACUGCAUGCGGAUUUCCAACAAGCCAUCUUAUUUUCUAUUAUUUAAUGUAACGAAAUAAUUGAUAAAAAUAGCCAGAGAGAUGGUCAAAUUAUAUUCACAUUUAUAUUUUUUAAAAAUUAAAUAUAAGUAGUAUGAAGAAAUUUUAUCAAUCCGCAUAUAUUGCGUACCUAUUUAAUAGCGCAGUUAAGGGAUUAUACCUAGUUGUGUAUGCUUAAAGCUUAGCUUUCGCUAGUUUCCGUAAUUCAACCCUAUGCGUAAUGUUGCACUGUGUGCAAUGUGACAUAUGACAAAGAGCUGCCAAUAUUGUUAAGAAGCCUUUUAAGCGAUCGCCAUGCGAUUAUCACUACAUAUGAACAAUCCAAAUAACAAAUAAACAUAGUAAAAGUAA